GAGUAUAUAAUAUGACCUCGGCUUUAUGCUGUUGACUGACAGUCACAACACAGCGGCCUGCUGUAGGCAAGGAACUGUGCCAAAGAAUAUAGCGUGUCGGGCCUUGCUCAAACAACACGCAAAAGGUGUGCGACGCUAGCUGUGGCCUUUACCUGACACAGACGCGUGUUGGAUUUGCAUUAUAUACAGGUGUUAUGGUAGAUAACGGAUUUUCCUUCACAACACCUAUAACACUGGCCCAAAUUCCACUCUUUUUUUCAUGACCCCUGUUGUUGACUUUGGACAAUUACCAGUACAUCUCGGACAAUAUCUAAGAGCUUUCCACUGGAAUAUACUGCCAAGGGGUUGUUCAGCUUUCAGAAUGAAAAUGUCACCAACCUGACGAAGAGAUUUCCUGCAGUUAGGUAAAGAGAGACUACAUCAGCUUUGGCAGCAAUCUGAGGGGUUUUACAGUGCUAUUUCUAUACAUUUAUAUAUACUCUCGCGAUACCAUAAUUAAAUAUGGAAACUUAUCUCAAACGGAAUUACGCCAAAAGGAACGCCUUGUCUAACACCAACAGCAAUGGGAAACUUUACCCGUUCUGGGAUUACAGAUCCAGACGGGGUAGUUUCUCAACGGCGUCUGGCAGCGAUGGAAGCGUUUCGUCUAUGAAUUCAAGCCGUUCAGACACCGAAAGUGAAAGUACAAGUCUUUCUGGUUCGGAUACCGAGUCUGUGAUGCUGUGUGAUCCCAAUCGACUCACACUCCACAUCGAGGCUCACCCACACGAGUCUUCUGCCAUGUGGGACAUUUAUCAGCCUAUAUUCAACUGGAUAGAUCCAGACGCACAGCUACUGAGAAUCACGGAAAGAACCCAUCCUGUGGAGAAUGCAAAAGGUGGUAUGGCGGGAAAUGCUUCAAUGCACGACAGUCAGAGACCGGAAGUACCAAGCAUCGCUGUUCUGGCAUUCCUGCAAGAAGAAGGGCUCUUUGGUUGUGACAGAAUUCAAUCAGCAAAGCAAUAUUUCGAAAAGACUCCAUGGAAAUUCCACUAUUCGGAUAAAGUUUCUAAAAGUGGAAUAAACCCUUAUCCCUACAACAGUCAAGAUUAUUAUGUAACUUCUACAGACCUUCCCUUGUGGGCGAUGAGGCAAGUGCAUCAGGGCAAAGAACACUUCCGGUUCGUUCUUUUCACGAGCUAUGAAUCUUGGGAAGACAUGGUGGACUUUUACAAACUCAUGAGUGGCGCAAGUCCGGAUGUACUCCGCAGCCAUUUUUGUUUAUUCACCAUGCACACCAACCCUCAUUACGACGUGCAGUUUGCUCUGAAACGUCUACCAAAAGACGUAAAACCGAAAAUUCUAGACUCGUCUUCGUUGCAGUUUCGUGUCGGUGACAUAGGCCAUCUUGUUCCUUUAUUUCCGAACGUUUGUAGACCAUUGUCGGACACUCGAUGGGAGACGACGGACCAUGACGGAAAUCGAAUUGUGCUAGAGACAACCGGGUUGGUCAGUCAGUCGGCAAUUGCUUCGUCUAGUCGCCUUUCGCAGCCAUUGAUGGGUUUCUAUGUAUAACCAAACCAUUGUGGAUAUUCUUUAUUAUAACUGGUGCAAUGUCUUCAAUAUUUCUGUGAUCAUUUUCAAUAUACAAGUGUGAGUCAAAACGAUGGAGUCCAGAAAUAGAGGGCCGUUUCCGGCUUCGGAAAAAAGUCGGAUGGAAGUUCUCGAUCUAUAGUGCUUGGUACUUCCGUGUGCGGCACUAUAUAAGCCAGAACAAAACUAACAUGAACUUUGUAAAAACAUCCACCCCUCCCAUGAAUCACUGAGCUUAACCUGCAAUGAGCGAGGCAAACAGAUCAGCUCUCUAAUGUCUGUCCCUAUUUCUAUAACCUGGUCCAUAAGAACUGCCGGAGACUAUGGCCUGGGUGAUAUGUGUAAAUACCGAAUGCUGAAAUCACAAGAAAAAAAGUAUAAUCGAGUCUACUGUUUGGACAGGAAAGCAAAUGAAAAGGUUCCCUUCAUUAUAUUUACUUCCCAGAUCGACACGUGUCAGUUUGAGGGCAAUGCAUAAUUCAUUUAUCUGUGAUAAUUAUCUCAUCAUAUAUGACAUGGCUAAGAAACAACGAGUUCUCUGGAUCCGCGUAGGAGGUAUAUAAGCUCCUAAAGGCUUUUGUAAAUCUCGUAGAAAUUCAGCUCAAUACAACGUUUGGCAUAAGAUUAUUUGCCGACGGAAAUUAAAAUCGUUCCUAAGAUAAUGUACACGUAACUACCGCGGCGACCAGUGGCCGCUUUCACAAAACUUCGGUAAUUCAUCUUGUGAAUGAUUUUGCGCAUGUUAUAAUCUGGCAAGGCGACAAAGCGUGAACAUUUACGACAGAUUUAUUUACGAAGCUUUACCUCCCCCAUCGUAGUUACGUGUGCCUAUAUAUAACACUGUGAGCCCCAUUUGUAUGUACCCUACAGAAACGCAUAUACAGGUCAUUUAUAUAUGUAAUUAUCAUUAUUUCAUGCACAGUCACACACAUUUAUCCCUUGCACAGAAUACACCUAAAAUGCACGGUGAUUUAAGGCGUUUUGUGAAUAUAAUCUACCCAAACCAUUUUUACAUCAUUCAUUAGGCAUAGCAUAAAUAUUAGGGUCUGAAUUUUAUCACAAACAGUUAAUUUGCAAAAAGGUGUUUGUUUCGCCCUGGCCGGAUUAACAUUUUUUUUCAACGUUAAAACGUUGCAAACGAAAACUGCGACGAAAAAAGUGAUUACGAGAGAACGACAAAGCAGUUCUGGGCACGAAACUAUAAUAAUUGACAAAAAACCUACAUGCCACAAAUGUGCUUGCGAAGAUGACUGUGCAAAUGUUGGCAUUUCACACACAAACUGCAAUGUGGAAGUUGUUAAUGGGUCCAUUCCAUUUACAGUGAAUGAACGUUUUUGAAGUACUUUUGAAGCAGCUGGAUGAUUUUGGUGCAGAUCAACACUACGCUAAACGUUAUUAUAUCAAAUAGAAGCCAUGCAUACACAUGAGUAAAUGAAGGCUUAUAUAUAUAUAUAUAUAUAUAUAGCCACAAUUAUUCCCGAUUUGAAGAAUUGUAUUACUAGAGUUAUCUCCCUUGUAUAUACUACGGUACCAAUUCACGUGACUGUUAUCAAAGCAAACAUCGUGAAUUCUUUGCAAAUAAA